AUGGCACUUGUGACCGUCUUCAAUGGUGAUCCCAAUGUGAAUGAUAUCAAUCACAUUCUGGAUUGGAUUGUGGAUUUGCUUCUGCCAUUUUGGGAUGGGAUCUAUUUCACACAAACAUGCUCUCAUCCAUUGGGGCAUGUUGUGCGUGGAAUUCUGAUUCCUAUUGUCUGUGAUGUUGUUGGCGCUCACCAUGUCUCGGGAUUUGGCUCACAUUCACACAAGUUAUUUUGUACCCAAUGUCUUCUUCUCAAAUCUGACAUAAACAACAUUGACAUGGCAACUUGGCCAAAGUGUAACCUCCAAAAGCACCAACUGUGGGCACAAGAAUAUCACAAAGCUACUAGUGAUGAAGAACGUGAUCACAUUGUCAACACAUAUGGUGUUCGAUGGACAGCAUUACUACGAUUACCUUACUGGAACCCAAUUGCACAUACUGUUAUUGAUAGUAUGCACCUGUGCAAAGGACUUGCUGAAACCCAUGUCCGUGGUGUCUUAGGAAUCGAAGGUGAUGCAAAACCUAAAGCGACAUUGAAAUCCAAAUUCAAACCACCAGCCGCACUUCUUUGCUCUCUCUGGGAUGGAAUUCGGAAAGCUCCAGAAAAUUUAUCACAGUGGCUUGAUUCUAAGGUCAACAAAAAUACUACAAAUCGACAUACAACGCUCCAUUCUGCCUACUUGAUUCAACCAGCACCUCUUGCCUGGGGUACUCCAAGUGGUGGAAAGCUUAGUGCUAAUCACUGGAAAGUGAUUUGUACCAUUCAUCUGGUUGUCACUCUGAUCCGUGUUUGGGCCUAUGGUAAUGAUGGUACAAAACUACCACUGCUUCAGAAUUUUCUCCACUUGGUCAGGGCAUUACAAAUUCUCAACCUACGGUCAACCUCAAAGCAAUUGAGUGAAGCAUAUACAAGUGAGAUGCUUCAAUAUUUGACAACUUUGCAAGAGCUGUUUCCGAACUGGGAAUUUGUGCCAAAUCAGCAUUACAGCCUCCAUAUGGGUGAAUUUCUGCAAACCAUGGGUCCACUUCAUGCUCGAGAUACCUCCGCAUUUGAACGGGUCAACCACGAACUGCGAGACACAACUACAAAUAGACGGAUUGGUUGA